GCGACGGCACCGCGCGCUGUUUGGAGGAGGCACUCCGUGGUUGUGUUCUUUUGCUCUCUCGGUGACAGCUGGACAUAUUUAUUGGCUGUUUCGUAGCUCUGGUAGAAACGCCGGCAUGUUUAGCCCCCGCACCGCUCCGAGCCCCGGCCGCAGGCAGCAGAGCAGGACCGCCGGGAGGAGGAGCGUCUCCGCGGCGGCCCCCGGCCUUCUGUUCUCCCCGCGCAGGACUCCUCUGUCGGCCAGGUCAACACCGAGCAGACUUCAGAGCCACACAGCUGCAGAAACCAUCAACUAUGAUGUCCAGACGUUUGGGUCGUCUCUGCCGGUCAAAGUGAUGGAGGCGCUGACCGUGGCUGAAGAUGAUGACCAGAUCUCAGUGAAGGUGGACGAGAGCGGCUGGGCCUGGAUGGUUUGUGGAGAGAGACUCAUCAUCUGGAAGAUCUGCCAGACUGCUGUAGCUAAGCUCUCUGUGUGUAAGGAGCUUCAGCUGCCCAGCAGUGACUAUAACUACACAGCUGAUCUCAUCGCUAUGACGUCGUCCGUUCCACUGGAGAUGGCUGCUGUUCAGUCCGUCUCUGUACUGGUGGUGGCUGCAGAGGGAGCGGCUCGCUUCUGGCCGAGCCUGGCUCAUGAGGGCAACUACACAGAGUCAGACGUGGACCUUGGCGACCUCUGUAACUUUGUAGUUGCUGUCAGAGGCGACAGCUUUGUCUUGUCAUCUGUCAAGAAUCAGCUGCUGAGAGUGUGUGCAGAUUCUGCAGGAAAGCUGCAGUGUCGAGCCCUGCAGCAGGGUCAGGGGAUGCUGUCUGGCAUCGGCCGGCGUGUCUCCAGCCUGUUUGGGAUCCUUUCCACGCCAGCCAACGACACGCUGCACAGUGUUCUGUGGGUGGCGGGAACCAGUGGCCUGUACACACUGACCACCUCCAGCUUGAGUAAAUGGGAGGUGGAGGACAACUCGGAGCACCAGAUCUUCAGCUGGGAUACCCGCAAAGCUUUGACCGAGAGCAUCGUGGAUUCCAUUUGGAGCCGGCCUGGUCAUUUUGGCUGCAGCCUGGCACCAGUCGGACACUCCCUGUCUGGCCUACUUUUGCCUGAUCACCCUGCAGGACAGGGGAGCCACCAUCUUUGAGCAGUUUACUGUCGAGGUGACAAAGUACAGCUGUCUAUUUCAGAGCGAGGAGGCCCUGCAGGCUACCCGCUUUGUGUUGCCCUGGUCCCCUGGCUCCACCGCCUUUCUGUACAACGAGGAGCUGGUGUUCGUCUGCUCAACGGGCACCAGCAGGGGAGCGUUGCCAGACGAGAAAAUCAGUUUCAACUCACCAGGCGAUGGUGUCCGUGGAGGAGGCUGCUGCGCCAACCUGCCCGUGCUUUUCUCCCAGAACAGCGGCCUGGUGGCGGUAGUGGCCAGAGAGAGUGCCUCCAUCCUGCCAGAGACCAUGGAGGACUCGUUGUGCUCGUCGCUGGCUGCAGCCCCUGAGGUUUCUACCAUGGAGACUUCAACCAGAGCGGAGCCUGUAGCCCAGGAGGACAAGACCAAACUGCUCAAGUCUGCCUUCCUGCAGUUCUGCCGUAACGACCUGCUGGGAGCUCAGGCGGUCACAGACGAGCUCUUCCCAGCUGACAGCGAUGGAGAGGAGGGAGCUGAGCUGGACAGCAUUGUGACUCAGAUCAACCUGGAGCUGGUGGAUGAUUACCCAGCCUCAGACCCACGCUGGGCCGAGUCCAUCCCAGAGGAGAGUGCUGGAUUUCUUCUGACAUCCCUCAUCAUCCUCCACCAACUGGAAGACAAGAUGAAGGCCCAUGGCUGCUUUAUGGACUUUCUGCUUCAGGUGGGUCUGUUGGACCGGCUCAGCCAGGUGACUGUGCGGUCGUCUGUCAUGGCAACUCGCCUGCUGCUGUGUGAGCACGCUGAGAAGCUGCAGGCAGCCGUGGUUCUGAAGAACUACCACAGCAAACAGACGGAGCUGGUUCACCGGGCCAUCAGCGCGGCGCUUCAUAGGAGCAGCACCCCCGUGCCGCCCAGCCUCACGGCAGCUGAUGUCUUUUUCAGAGAGGUGUCCCAGAUCUCCUCUGUGUUUGACUGUCUACUGGAAGAAGAGGAGCGCAGUCUAAAAGAGAACCCCGUGGACUCUGUGCAGUGGGCUGAGGUGGUUCUCACGGUUAACAACAUCAUUAAGGACAUGCUUCAGGCUGCCGUUCAGUACAGAGAAACCAAAGCCUCCAUGUACAGACCUUCUGAAAAUGCACCUGCAGAGCCUGAGUAUAUCCCUUGGACAGCAUCUGGCGGUGUUGGAGGCGUUCGCACCAUCAUUUCCCGCCAACACGAUGUCAUCCUAGGCUCCGUUUACCCACACGCCGACUCAGAGUUACGCAGUACUCUCUGUGAGCAGCUGGUAGCACUGCUGGACAUAUACCUGGGUGGAUACGUGGCCCAGCUGACCUCCCUACAAAAGCAGAGGUCCUCGGGGCCCCAACAGGAGCGCUACAACAGUCUCGAGAUGGAGUACAGCCAACGGCGCUCAGAGCUGCUCACGCCGCUGUUGGAGCUUGGACAGUACCAGUGGGUGGCAGCGCUAGCUGAGAAGUACUGUGACUUUGACAUCCUGGUUCAGAUGUGUGAGCAGAGCGACAACCAGAACCGCCUGCAGCACUACAUGGCAAAGUUUGCUGAGCAGAACUUUGCUGACUUCCUGUUUCGCUGGUACAUGGAGAAGGGGAAGAGGGGGAAGCUGCUGUCUCAGCCGGCUGCUCAGCAUCAGCAGCUGGACAGCUUCCUGCAGGCGCACCAACACCUGAGCUGGCUGCACCACAUCCACGUCCAUAACUACGAAAGUGCCCACAGGACUCUGGACAGCCAGGCCAACAUGGAGACCCGUUACUUUGUGAAGAAGAAGACGCUGCUGGCUCUCAGUAAACUGACGGCGCUGGCCUCAGACCUGCCCGAGGACGAGCUCACCAAACAAGUCAACGACAUCGUGGAGCAGGAACGCUUCUUGCUGCAUCAGGAGACUCUGCCCAGACAGCUGCUAGAGGAGAAGCAACAAAACCCCGACACCAUGCCUCUUCUCGGUGCACACAACCUCAUACAGCUGUAUAUCUGUGAUGACAACAGGCGCGCCAACGAGUAUGACUUCAAAAAGGCCUUGGACCUUCUGGAGUACAUAGAAGAGGAGGACUCGGUAGAUAUUGAUGCACUGAAGUGUGAGAUCUUUGUCAAUGCGCUCAGGAGAGACGACUGGUCUUCUGCUGACGGGAACGAAGAUCCUCUGGAAGCAGCUAAGGACAGCAUCUUUGUUAAAAUCCUCCUUAAACUCAUUCAAGAAGGUGUUCCUCUGCAGACGUACCUGCCUGAUGUCAAAGAGCUGCUGGAGCUGGACGAGCUGAGCGCUCUGAAAUCCAAACCUUACUUUGAGUUUGUUCUUCGAGCUAAUUAUGAGCAUUACCUCCAGGCUCAGAUGUGACGGCCGUGUCCUCAGCUCGGCCGCUGCUCUUCAGCUUCUACACAUUUACU